AUGGUCCUCCAAUCCCCGCCCCGCCGCAACAAGAAGUCUUCCGCCACCCACCCCCCGCCCAGCUCCUUCCACGUCCUGCCCCUCCUCGAAUCCUCCAGCCCCUCUCCCAACAACCAUCCUCGCUCGCGCUUCGAAGUCAGGUCCCUGCAGGUCUGCGAUAUCGAGAAAGUCAAGGAACUCCAUUGUGCAACGCUACCGGUGACCUAUCCGAGCAGCUUCUUCUACAGUCUGUUGGGGAGUGAUCCGAGCGAGAAGAUCAGUCUGGUAGCCACGCUUCCGUCGACGAGUGUGCAAGGCUACUUCGACCUCCUGAGCACCCACCAUCCCUCAUCGAUGCCGCUCGCGGGCAGCCCGGCCCACCACCAUGGCCAUCUGGCCCCACACCACGUCACCUCGCCCCUCUCCGGCCGCAAGCCGAUCUCGCUCGAUGUCGUCGGCUCCAUCUCCGCCCGGCUCGCCUCCCCCCCCGCGCCCUCCGUCCGCAUCCUCACCCUCUGCGUCAGCCCGGCCUACCGCAGGUUCGGCGUCGGCAGGCUGCUCCUCGACGCCCUCCUCAAGCAGAUCCGGGCCCGCUUCGCCAGACUCGCCGCCCUCGCUACCCCCCAAGCCCCCCCCAAGAUCCCCGUCAACCUCCACGUCCAGGCCUCCAACAGGGUCGCACACGCCUUCUACACCAGCGCGGGCUUCGUGGCCGUCUGCUUCAAACAGGCCUACUACUCCGACAACCCCCUCAAACCCCUCGAUCCCGCACUCAAACACCCCUCCCGCAAACCCUCCAUCCUACACCCUCCCCCUCCUGUGCCCCAGAAUACCAGCCUGGAGACGCCCCACCCUUCGGCACCGGACGAUAGUGACUCUGAAACUGACGAUAUCGACGCCUGGUUCUUGGAACUGUCUAUCGACUCCUCUUGA